UGAGGAUUUUGGGGGAAUCUUUCUUCUCCCUAGCUAAUAAUCAUUCAUUUCCCAUUAAUUCAUGAUUUCAUUCAAAGGAUAAAAAGAAAAACGAAAUAAUAAUAAUAAUAAAAUCCAAAAAAUUUCGAAAAGAUUCCCCAAACUCACCAUCCACUUUGAUAGCGGUUAUUAAUUAAGUUCGGAAGAGGUUUCAUUCAUGGAUACAGAUGCUGCACGAACAGCUCGGGAAUCUCUAGAGUUAGUUUUUCAGAUGUCAAACAUUCUUGAUACAGGGUUGGAUCGCCACACGCUUUCUGUGCUAAUUGCGCUUUGCGAUCAGGGGUUAAAUCCCGAGGCACUUGCUACGGUCGUUAAGGAGUUUCGUAGGGAUCCACCAUUGACCACCUCAACAGCACAAACAACUCCCUCCACUAAAUGAUCUCUGAUUAUGAGAAUACACUGAUCUCUGCUUAUGUUCUAACAUUUGAUGUUCAUUUGGUUUUUAAACAAUCAGGUCUUGGCCCAUGGACAUAUAUGCAGUUUUGCCUGUACUGGUGUAAUAUUUAUUUCAACUUAUGUAGAGUAUCCUUAGGGUGGAAAAGUAUAUGAUGAGUGUCGAGUAGUUCAUAUGCUAAAUGCGUGUUGCUUUUAGAUAUUAUGAUAUAAAGUGAAAACAGGUUUUAAUUGGAGGUUCCAUGAUCAAACAUGGACACCACUUGUGUGUCUUCGACAUGUAA